UGCUCCAACAAACAUUUCAUUCGUUUUCCCAACACCGAAUCGUACGGUUCAUAGGAGGAACGGAACGGAGUGGACGAUACGGAAAUCAACGGGGACGCGACGCGAACUGUAUUAUGUUCGUGAUCGGUUGUUUAAAAAAUAAAGAAAUAAAUUAAAUAACCCUUGAGAAAAUCGCAAAAGAUCGUUCGGAAUUUUGUGCGUGUGUCCACUGCAAAAUAAGUGCCCCACAUCGGAAGAUUUUAAUAAAUUCAAUUUAAAAUCAUAUUCAUUGUCUGACGCGCGCGCGUGAUGCACAAAUGAAAAAGUAAAUCAAAAAUUAUAAAAUAAAAUCAAAAGUCCAAAAUAAAGGUGAUCAACAGCACAAGAAAUACAAGAAAAGUUCCUUACCUCCUACCCAUCAGAAGAAGAAAGCAGAGAGGAAAUAAGCCAUAAGAUAACCACUAACGGGGCUUCCAAACAGUAAAAGCUCCUUGUUUUGUAGAGAUCACUGAUAUCAGCGCCUAUCGAAAAUCAAUAUAAAAAUGAUUUCACACAGUCCGCCCAUAUUCAGUCACAGUCCACCCGUUAGUUUUCUGGCGGACUUCAUGAGCGGACAUCAGCGUCAAUCAUUGAACUAUAAUGACGAGCCCAACAGACCGCUACCACCGCGCUACUACCGACCCCAAGUGAUAACUCUGGCCUCCAAAGCCAUGGUCAACAACGCCUCGGCGGCGGUCCAGGGACAGGGCCAGGGCCCCAGCCAGCAGAAGGCCGGUGCCACGCCUCUGGGUGUCGGAAGUCGAUCGGGCCGAAGCUAUCUGGAGCGCAUGGCCUCGGCUCCAUUGCUCACUAGCCAGCCCAAGUCCUGUCUUAGCCGCAAAUCCUGCCUGCACAAAUCCAAGACCAGUCCCAAAAACAGUCCCACAGAGCUCGCCCCGACGGAAGGCGACGUCACGGACAGUGUCGGCCAGAGCUGUAUGUGCAGCAAGGACAGCGACUGCAGCGGACCCACCCACUGCGAACAGAGCCGUGGCCCCAAGAAGCAUGUGAUCUUUGCCGAUGAUGAAGGUCUUUCGUUGACCGAAGUACGUGUGAUGUCCGAGCCCUCGAAUGUGCCGCCCUACUGGAGCAUGAAGUUCUUGGAGCAGAUUACACAGGGCCUGGUCAGUCCUCAUCCGCCAGAUCAGUGGACGGUGGACUUCAAGCAGCCGGCCUCAGACUAUCUAUCAUUCAGACAAAAGAUAGAGCGUGAUUAUGUCUCGCUGGAGAAUGUGAUCGUCAAAGAUGAAGAGUCGAUCGUGGUGGGCACCAUCAAGGUGAAGAACAUCGAUUUCCAAAAGGAGAUCAUCGUCCGGGUGACCUGGGACGACUGGAAGAGCCAGCAGGACAUCUUCUGUACGUUCGCUAGGGCCUAUGGACCGGCCACCUGUGCCCAUGUCGUCUUCGAUACAUUCUCCUUCAAGAUCACGCUGCCGCCGUCGUCGAAGCGCUUGGAAUUCUGCAUCUGCUACCGCACCAACGAUACGGAAUAUUGGGAUAAUAAUGAUGGUAAAAACUACACCAUCAGCAAGCGAUCGCCCUUUUACUACAACGCCUUGUCGCCCUAUGAUAAGGGUCAGAAUCGCAACUCUAGCCAGCAAAUGAGGUCCACCCUGACCGAUGCCAUGGCCAAGGUUCAGGACCAGAACAGCUGGAACCAGGAGCCCCAUACCCCCUAUUGGUAACUCCGGCCCGGGAACAAGGAAUGGAAAUCCCCCACCCGCGCUGAGAACAUUUUCUCAUUUUUGGCCACAUGAACAGAUUAGAAAAAGAAAUUGGAACAGAGUUAAAGAUUUUUAAAAUAUUUAAGAAAGUGAGAGAGAGAGAGUCGAAAAGAUUUAAAACCUAAAGAUACUUUUGACUUUAUUCUAAGCCUGGUACAAAGAUCCCAAUUAUAAAGUGCCAUCGACUUGAGGUUAAUUCAACUAUAAAUGAGAACUAGGGCCCUUAACUACUUUCACUAAGCAAUCGCCCUAAUUUUUGUGUUUUUUUUUUUGUCGAUUAGUCAGAUCAGUGGAAUUUGAAAAUCAUAUCAUCUAUUGUGUAUCCUUUUAAAAUGUUGUAUGUUCGAUUGUAGAGAUUUUUGAAGAGAGAAAGAUUUUUAUAAAUGUUUACCUGUAUGCCUGUGUGAUUGUCUACAUCUGUAUAACUGAUAUUAGAUUUAUUUUAACAAACAAAAAAAAAACGUAUGAAAACCUAUAAAAACGAGAUGAAUUUUGAGGCGUGAAGUAUCCUAGCAAACCAUUGUUUCGAAAUUUUCUGCAACUGCAAAAUAAAGCAAACAAAAAAGAAAAACAAACAAACAAACAAACACACACAACAUUAUAAACAAAAAGAAAAGAGAAACAAACAAAUUUUAGAUCUAAGUUUAUUUGUUUUAUUAUUUUUUUCAUCUUUUGUUCUUUUCAUUUCAUUAUACAAUUUUUUCCUUUGGUUAUUUGAAACUCUAAGACUGAAAUGGCUUGUUAUGGAGAAUAAAACACGUCCUGCAAUAUAUUAUAUAAUAAAAUAAAAACAAAACAAAAAACAUAAAAAUUCUUAUCAUCACAUUGCAGACAAUAAACCUUAUUUGUCCUCAUUGUUCUGUGUGAUCCAGAUCCCCGACUAUAUUCUAUAUACACCUAACUAGUUUUAAGAAAAUUGUACAUACAGAUGCAAGAGCAAACAAUAUAUACCAGAAAAUUGCCUGUUAAAUACAUUUAUAUACCUAUGUGUUUAGUUUUAUGAAGAUAUAGAUUUAGUCCCUAGAGGUUAUUUAGUUGGUAAGAUGCGCCAAACUGACGUAACGUGAAUGAAUCCCUAUAUGUGUGCACAUAUGUAGAGCGUACUCUAUGAUUAUUUAGUUUUUAGUCAACCUAUGACACAACGAGCCACUAUAUAUUGUCAUAUUCAGCUCCUUGAUCAUAAAACAAAAUAAAUAUUUUUGAAAACAAA